AUGGCUCUACAGCGAGCAGACCAGCAGUCAAUUGUCUACUCUCCAGCUCACACAAAAGCCCAAAUGUCUGCACCCGCAAACUUCGAUCAAUUCGACCCCUCAAAAAUCAAACCCAGGAAGAUCAAAAAAUCCGGGGAGUGGGGACCCCGUGGACCGCAAGAGUCCAGAUAUGGAAUUUAUUGGUACAACAGGAGGAAUGACAAUGAACCGAUGGUAUGGGCAGAGCUGCCUUCUUAUCCCAAGUUUGACGAGCCUAUCCCGGCCACCGCCUCCCUGGAAGAGAUAUGUGAGAAAUAUCCCAACCACGUCCGCGGGAGCUAUCUGGAGGCUUUCCUCCAGUGGCGCUGGUCGGCCACGGACAUGUGGAAAUACUUCACCGACCAUGCCAAGGCAGAGUUACAUACCAUGGGUAUCGCAAGAUGCCGCGCUGCUCACAAUCGUUGCAACUUUCUCUUCAAGCGGUUGGCGGCCCAUGUGCGCAGAAUGAGCAUUCAAAAGUUCCGAGCUCUUUGUGAAGCCCCAAAGCUUCGACCAGCCCUGAAGGACGGUAGGGCAAAGUAUGGCAAGUCUAUCCUGCAGCAGAAAGUCCUGGGAGAUCUUGGCGAGCCGAAUUGGCAGCCACCCUUCGGAGUCGGACAGUCACACGGACUUCUUGAGCAAAAUGAGAGCGUUCAUUCCAAUAUGCCCACCAAGUCUUGCGCUGCUGAUGUGACGCCCGAGGUUGAGAAACGCACCGACCCGGACCCGGAGCUAGAAAUCUUCUCAAAGAUCAUGGGCCUCAGCUUCAUGGAGCAGAUCUCACACUGUGCAACCAUCAUCAAGGCAGACCCACUUUGUGCCACGCACAGCAACGAGCAACGCCGGCGUUGGGCGCUUUCCAUGCUUGACAUCCCCGUCAAUGCCGCGACAGAAACAUUCCUCCAGUACAAAGCCAUCUGGACCUGCCCGGCGUACUUGAGUUGGGUUGAAAAGAAGAUCGAAGCUGUCAUGGAGAGGCGGAAAGCCAAUGAUCCUUUGACCACGGACGCCCGAUUGCCGUUGACAGAGAAGGUACUCAAUCCUGAGGUCAGACAGUGGAUCGUGGACCGCAAGCGUGCCACCUCCCAGAUCCUGGAGGAACGCCACACCAUCUCGACGAUUCUGAAGUCGCAUGCCAAACAUGUCGGUGCAUGUCCAGAGUUGUCACCUGAUCGGCAUCACCGCGGACUCGUGAUUCGAGUCAUCAAUCAGGUCCUUCUCGCAGUUGGCGAGAUCCCUACCACUUGGCCGGGUAAGGAUAUUCCUGACGGUAACGCUGUCGAGCAGGUCUUUGAGCCAACGUGGACUUUGCCAGAGCAAUUGGCCGCGGCGCUGGCUUCUCAGUCCGCAGUUUUGGCCGCCGACGCCGAGGGAAAUCUAUACGGCGACGACGAGGUGACGUCUAGUCUGACUGCGACUGGAGAUACGGGCUUCGCCUAUCCCGAGAUACCUGUGGAUCCUGACUUGACCCAUCAACUUCGCUGCGGCGGAGGGCCUGGGCAGUUUUGUGGAUUACUGCCGAGUCAGCUCGUCGAGAUUGUGGAUCCAGAGCACAGAACGGAUCCUUCGAUUCAGGACUGGACGGCGAUCACUCCAGAUAUGUGGACAGCGGCCAACGUCUCCGGCAACGUUUCGACAGAUUUUAUCGGGACGUCGCCCACGGAAACCAUGCAACCUAGCGGACUGGCGUUUUUCGGCUUCGAUGAACAGGGUGAGACCACUGAGCUUCCACCGAGCCCUGAAGGAUUAGCGAUCCUCGAGACGGACCCGGAAUGGUUGCGAGUUCUCGUCCGAGGUGGGUGA